UGGCAAGGUAGAAGGCGGGAUUAGCUGGCCAGGCGCCGGGAGCCUUGGUAACGCGCGGGCCGCAUGUGCCCGGUGCCCGUCUGGAGAGGAGGGAGGUGCAGCCCGGUCUCUGCCCCGCAGCCCCGAGCCCGUUGCCGCCGGGAUGAAGAUCGAGGAGGUGAAGAGCACGUCGAAGACGCAGCGCAUCGCCGCGCACAGCCACGUGAAGGGGCUGGGGCUGGAUGAGAGCGGCGCGGCCAAGCCGGCGGGGGCCGGGCUGGUGGGGCAGGAGAACGCCCGAGAGGCUUGUGGUGUUAUAGUGGAAUUGAUCAAAAGCAAGAAAAUGGCUGGCAGAGCUGUGCUGUUGGCAGGACCUCCUGGAACUGGCAAGACUGCUUUGGCUCUAGCUAUUGCUCAAGAGUUGGGAAGCAAGGUUCCGUUUUGUCCUAUGGUUGGAAGUGAGGUAUACUCCACCGAGAUCAAGAAGACAGAAGUCCUGAUGGAAAAUUUCAGAAGAGCCAUAGGAUUGAGGAUAAAAGAGACCAAGGAAGUUUAUGAAGGUGAAGUCACAGAAUUAACUCCAUGCGAGACUGAGAACCCGAUGGGUGGAUAUGGCAAAACUAUUAGCCAUGUAAUUAUAGGACUCAAAACAGCGAAAGGAACAAAGCAGCUGAAGUUAGACCCCAGCAUCUUUGAAAGUUUACAGAAGGAGCGAGUGGAAGCCGGGGAUGUGAUUUACAUUGAAGCAAACAGUGGAGCUGUCAAGAGGCAAGGCAGAUGUGAUACUUAUGCCACAGAAUUUGACCUUGAAGCUGAAGAGUACGUCCCCUUGCCAAAGGGCGAUGUACACAAGAAAAAAGAAAUUAUUCAGGAUGUCACCCUGCAUGACCUGGAUGUGGCCAAUGCUAGACCUCAGGGUGGGCAGGACAUCCUUUCCAUGAUGGGACAAUUGAUGAAGCCUAAAAAAACUGAAAUUACAGACAAGCUUCGAGGGGAGAUAAACAAGGUGGUGAAUAAAUACAUUGAUCAAGGCAUUGCAGAGCUGGUCCCAGGUGUGCUCUUUGUAGAUGAGGUUCACAUGCUGGAUAUUGAAUGUUUCACAUAUCUGCAUCGCGCACUAGAAUCUUCUAUUGCUCCCAUCGUCAUCUUCGCUUCCAACCGAGGAAACUGCAUCAUCAGAGGCACAGAGGAUAUAGUGUCCCCUCACGGAAUACCACUGGAUCUUCUGGAUCGGGUGAUGAUUAUUCGAACCAUGCUGUAUACGCCUCAGGAAAUGAAACAGAUCAUAAAACUUCGAGCCCAGAUAGAGGGAAUUAAUAUUAGUGAGGAAGCCCUAAACCAUUUAGGGGAAAUUGGAAACAAGACAACCUUAAGGUAUGCUGUGCAGUUACUGACACCAGCUAACCUGCUAGCCAAGAUUAAUGGGAAAGACAGCAUUGAGAAGGAGCACAUUGAAGAAAUAAAUGAACUUUUCUAUGAUGCCAAAUCAUCUGCAAAAAUCUUGGCUGAUCAACAAGAAAAGUACAUGAAAUAAAGCAGCUUGUUGCACAUCAUGUGCUUUGGAGUAACUUUUAACCCUCCCAAGGGUUGGCUUAAUUAUUGGGAGAAAUGGGGAAGAGAAAUGUUGAUGGUUAAUCACCCUUGGGACUGAAAAGUAUUUAAAUGGUAAGAUGCUUCAAGACAUGAGGCUAACAGCCCAACUUUCCUACUUUGCUGGCAAGCAAUAAGAUGCUCCCUGAUGCCUGUAACAUUUUAUUGUCCCUUCUAUUCAGUGUACAUGAAAUGGAGACACACAGACCCAUCAUUUUUGCUUGUCCUUUAGAUUUGGUUACAAAAAUGCUCUAGGCUCAGGAAAAGCCUCUUGAUUUCUUUGAAGCUGAUGCUUAAGAAUAGUCAGUUUUCUUUAUGAGCUUUGUUUUAAUUUGUUUGGACAGGAGCUCUUCCUUAAAAUUUGAAGUGGUUUGUCUGAAGUGCUUUUUAAUAUUUUAAUAAAAUAUUUCAA